UCACAGGUGCUGCUAUAGGAGCCAAUAACCCGGAUGUUGUGAACGUUGGGAUGAUAUUCAAGUGCAGAGAAGAUUUCAAACAGCAUAUGGCGAUGUAUGCAAUCCGAAAUAAAUUCAGAUUUCGGAAUAGCAGAUCCGCCCCUGGAGGGAUGGUUCUCCGAUGCUUUAGCCACACGUGUAGUUGGAGAGUGUAUGCGGCAAUGUUAAAAAACACGCAGUUGUACGAGGUCCGAAAAGUUAAUUUAGCACAUUCUUGUAGUGUUGACGAUCGUUCUGGAUACCAGUCGCAAGCAACAACUACGGUCAUUGGGGGGAUGAUGAGGGGAAAAUUUGCUGGUCGAGGAGGGGGCCCCCGGCCAAAUGAAAUUAGGGAAGCUAUGCAGGGUGAUCACGAGGUUCACAUUUCAUAUUGGAAAGCAUGGAGAUCCAGAGAGGUAGCUUUAGACUACGCAAAGGGGUCAUGUGGUGCUUCUUACAAUCUCCUCCCGGCCUACCUUGAGAAGCUAGUACAUGCUAAUCCCGGGAGUAUUGCUGAUAUCCACACCGAGUAUGCAGAAGGGAUAGGGCAUAGAUUCAAAUAUAUGUUUCUGGCUAUGUCUGCAAGCAUUGAAGGUUAUAAAUUCAUGAGGAAGGUAGUAAUAGUUGAUGGCACACAUCUAAGAGGCAAGUAUGCUGGAUGUUUGUUGACUGCUUCAGCUCAAGAUGGUAAUUAUCAAGUAUUUCCAUUAGCGGUGGCGGUCGUGGAUGGAGAAAACGACAAAGCUUGGGAAUGGUUUUUUAGGAAACUAACACAAUUCAUCCCAAACAACGACGAUGUUGUAUUCGUGUCUGAUCGAAAUCCAUCAAUAUACCACGGCAUUGCAAAGGUUUAUCCGAUGGGCCGGCAUUGCGCAUGCAUUCUUCACCUUAAAAGGAACAUAAGGACGUAUUUCAAAGACAAGCACUUGGGGUACUUGGUGGGGAAGGCAGCAAGAGCGUACAGCCUCUCAGACUUUUACAGUACUUUCAACGAGAUUAAAAACGUCAAUGCAUCCUGUGCGGAGUACCUAAUGGGAAUUGGUUUCCCACAUUGGACGAGAUCUCAAUUUGAAGGCAACCGUUACAACAUUAUGACGAGUAAUGUGGCAGAGACUUGGAACUCCGUUUUGCGAGAGGCUAGAGAAUAUCCAAUACUUUCCCUCAUUGAAUAUAUAAGAGCUAAGCUGAUGUCGUGGUUUGCUGCAAGGAGGCAACUCCAGCGGGGGGAUGAUAAGAUUCUCACACCGCAUGUGGAUGAUCUUGUGGCAUCUAACUUUGAAAGGAGUGGGGGCCUUUGGGUCACCCUCAUUGGGGAAGAUCAAUAUGAAGUGCGAGAUAAGGAGGGAAACACAUGGCAUGUUAAUUUGGCAGAGAAAACCUGUAGUUGUUGUGAAUUUCAAGCGCUACUAAUUCCAUGCACUCACGCCAUUGCCGCGGCCACAAGGUACAAAAUCAGGGUCGAUUCCCUUGUUGCAGAAUAUUACACUUUGAGAACCUACCAAGCAGCGUACAGUAAAUUAAUAUAUCCGGUUGUCGGGUACGAAAGCAUUGAAAUUCUGUCGAGUGACAGUUCUGAGAGCCAGUUAGAGGUUAACCCACCAGCAUGCAGGAGGCCACCAGGGAGGCCUAGAAAAAACCGGAUUUUAUCAAGAGGAGAAUUUGAGAUGAGAGGGAAGAAGAAACAAACUAUGUGCAGUAGAUGCAAGUGCAAGGGGCAUAACCGGGUUACGUGCAAAAUGCCUAUAUGAUCUGUGUUAAUAUGGUUACGCAAAGUUGUUGACUCGGAUGAUGAAGGUGUAUGUAAGUAUUGGGGGGUCGUAGAACUGGAUAAAAAUCGUUAAUGAUAGCAAUGUAAAAUAUAAACCAGUUCAUGGGUUGUGGCAGGUCUAUCUAGUUUCCCGAGUUUGUACAAUAAAUAAUAAUGACAACUUGCAUUGUCAAGUAAGUGUGUCUGUAAGAUAAGGUUAUUGUUCUACAUUACAUUAAGGGUUUUAAGUAAGUGUGUAUGUAAGAUAAUAAGAUGUUUCUACGUAACUUUAUCUUAUAAUGGGCUAAUCUGCGGUUUAGUAUAUAAACAGCUAAUGUUUUACUUUCAUGUAAAUUCCCAAGAAAAGCAGUGAAAAUAUGUAAGUCUAAGAAAUUAAACGUUGCUACUUUAUAUCUGCCACGCCUGUAUUAAACUCAUUAUGCGGUGAUGUAGACAGGUAGGCGGCAAACGUAACCAUCAAAUAUAUAUAAGCGAUUUAAUUGAUAUGACUAGUCAAUAAUAAUGGAACUAUAUAGUUAGAGAAUAGUUUACAUAAAAUAAUCUUGGAAGAAUAUAAUUACGAUAUUAUAUUUUAUUUGUAAUUGACCCCGCAUCUAAAUAUAGAUAUGUAAAGCAAAACGGUAUAACCAUAGUAGGAUACAAAUUGGAGACCCUAUCUGUAAAUCAAAUUGGCAUUUGAGUAUCCUUCAAACACAACGCAUAACCAGAUAUAAUUAUGCUUUCUAGGCUAAUAUUGUGUUUUAACAGUGGUCGUGUUUAAUUAUUAGUUUCAUUUCGAUGGUAACAUAAUUUUCAUCUAACUUUUCCAAGUAAAACAGACUAAAUAUAUUGUUAUUUUUUGUAAAUAGGUGGUAUUGUUAUAGUAUUUUGGCAAACAAUUAAACGUACUAAACACUGGUUACGGUGCCUAUUCAACAAAAUAGUGAACAUAUAUACCAUAAUCGAUGCAAUAAGAUGUGUGGUCUUAGCGGCAACAAUAUUAUUUUAUCUAAACACCGGUUGAAAAAAAAUAAGCAAAGGUCACAUGGCAUCCACGUAUUCCAACUUACUUACUAUUGUAGAUAUUUUGUGUUGUUAGCUUACUACCAAAGACUUCAGGUUCAGAGAACUGAAGAUAAUGACAGUAUUAAUAAAUAAAACAAAAUGUCGAGGGUGUUUUGUCAUGUCAGGAAGCAGGUAAUGAUGAUACCCUAGCCCUAGAUAGGCUGCGCGCAUUAAAUGCAGAGAUUUGGGUUAGAUUUUGUGACUUAACUUACAAGUGUAGGUAAUACCGGUUGGUAAAGGUUAUAGUUGGCUUUAUAUACGCAGUCCCACUAGCAUAUUUUGCAGCACAAAAAUAUUCUAAUAACACCGGAUAGUAGGGAACCUAGCAGAGAAGGACUGGAGAUAACUUCAAGUGAUACUAGUAAAAAAGAUUUCGAUAAGGUAAGGCCUCAAUGAAACAAUAAAUUAAAAGAUAUGUCUGAAACGGUUUUUCGUACAACUUCUGAGGCACUAGCUUCGUAUAAGAUUAACUUUAAUCCUUUAUUUACCCCCUGCUGAUGAUCUUCAUUAUCACACUACAGAGAUGUCGCGUCUAGUGAGGGUUGCAAAAGGCCAAUGGAGGAAAUCAGGAGAAGGCGUUUGGAGGUUUGAACGCGACUCUGCCGUCCUAGGGCAUGACAUUCUGGUCGGGAGAAACGACCAUGUGGAGGCUGUUAAGGGGAUGGUGAGGGGUGUUUUUAGGCUUCGUGCAGAAACACCUCUGCUACUUACCUUUCAGCUGCCACAAUGGUUGCUUGAGCCGCACGGAGCUACAUACCCCCCACAAAACAUUGUAACAAAUGCGGAUGUGGAGAUGAUGAUCUCCGUUCAUGAAUGGAAUACGGAGCCAAGAUUAUGCGUAAUAUUCGGAGCGGAGGAAGUUGCUACAUACCAGUUCAGAUGCAGAUCGCCAUUCACCAUCGGUACUCGAAAUUUUCUGGCCGAUGGUGUUACAGAGGAGCAACACGAGGCUGUUGUUUUGGGUAAAACUUUGUACUUUUUGAAGAUAUGAUUUACAAGUUUCGUUACUCAAGUUUUCUUUUUGCAAAGGUUAGUAAGAAACAACACAUAACGUAUCACACACUCCGUAUGCAGAUAUGGUAAGAGGCAAGGAGUUUGUGUGUAGUCAAGGGGCCAUGGCUGAGAUCUUUGAGGAAUCUGAAAUGGUGCUCCUCUACCGUUUCUCUAUGGAGAUUGAAAAGGCGAAAAAUAGUCUUGACCUAAACCUAGGUCCUACCAUUGAAGCUGCUGACCACAUUGUUCCCAAUGUUGGGAAUACAGGUACCGGUAAUCGCAUAGGAGGAGAUGGCGGGCGUGGUUCUUUGGGCAAUACUUACGGUAUGGAAAAUUUUAACCGGUUUUUGUGUUGUUUAACUGAAGAUAAAUAAAAAUAUCGGCUAAUUUAGAUGAACAUACAGAAUGAUUUCCAACACAAUAUUUGGCAGUAGUAACUGGUUUCGACUUUCCAGGGUUUCACCAAGUUGCAACGGGUGGACGUUUCAGAACCUCUGUUCCAUCCCCAACAUAUGAUCCAAACUACUACAACCCUCAUUUUGGUGCACUGGAAGCCACUCCGGAAUAUUGGGAAAGGUUGAUGUCUUCUAGCUAUGCUGUUCAGCUACAAAGAAUUUAUGGAGUACCGGGGUCGGAAUACGUGGGUUACGCCCCAACGGAGCUCAACAUAGGGACAUCAAACGUGCAUCCUUUCCCAGCAAACCACCAACCCAUUACCGUCUCCUCCAACGUUUCUUCUACAGAUGUGAAACCAGUCGUCGAGGCUGGGUCGGAGGUGAACUUCACCAAGUUGGAGACCAGUUGCUACAAAAAUCCUGUCUAUCUUGAGAAAGGUUUGUUUUUUUGUUUUUUGCAAGAAAUAAUAACCGGUUGUUCAAUCUUGGCAUUGAAAACAUAUAUAUACGUACAACUCAAAUACGGUGGUUUUUACCUUGAUAUAGGUGAAUCGUCAAAACAGGUGAAUGAGGGACCAACUGCGCAACUUGCGGGUGUAGGGAAUAAUGAAAACACGCUGCAGGCCCCUGAUGUGGAGGGGAACACUGGAAGAAAUGCAAGUCAAGGAUGAAGGUGGCAGCUUUAUGAAGAUAUAUAUAUUAACAAUGUGAUGGGUUGUUGUAUUUUGGUUUGUGAUGCUACCCAGAUAUUAGGUUUAUUUUGGGGGUGUGGGGGUAGCAAGUAAUGCUAUUGUAGUCAAUAUGUUUAAUAUGUUGUGUGAUAGCGUAAUGAAAACUGGGAGGAAAAGGUUCUACGUUUGAAGUUCUUUUGUCUACUAUGUUAACGGGGAUAAGUUGUAAGAUGUUAAUGUGAAAUUUUAUUUUCUGGCAAGUAUAGCAGUGCAAAAUUCAAGGUGCAUAUGACAGUAUAUAAUGUCUAUGAGAGUGUCGAGAACGGAGAAAUGUUAUGAGGUGGACUUGUUUAACAACAAAGAAGUAUAUAUAAGUCUUUUAAGUGAAAAAGUAUUUACAGAUUAAAUUUCGAAUCUACAUUCAUUCGUUUGACUUUAACGGAUUUAAUUUUGUAACUUUCAAUCCUUAAUGCAUAUAAUAUUGCCGGACUAAUAAAGCCUAUAUAGUAAAUAGCAUUAGACGAGAAUAUAUUAACCGGAUUUAUAUGGAAAUCAUUUGGAUCGAUUGUUGAUAUAUAUAUAUAUAUGUGAUAGUCUUUGCCUAAAUAUAAGUUCCAUACUAUAUUCAUAUGUUCUGUAUAUCAGAACAACAUUGAUGGCAAUAACAGUACAUAUAAUCCAGUUUUUAAAGGGAAUUUAAGACAACAGAAUAUAAUAACAGGUGAAAAUUUUUUGUGAAUGACCAGGGAGAAGCAAACGUUUGAGUGCAGCUUACGGAAAGUAGGUGUUGGCAAAGUGCUAACUCCCUUAAAUAAAUAUCCGGUUUUUAAUCUUGAAACAAACAAACAUGUAUGGAUAAAACCAACAACAUAACGGGUUAUCACAAAAUACGGCCGGAUAAUGGAGAGACCGAAUACAAACCAGUGAAAGUACGAGAAGGAAACAACAUACAUUAAACUUCUUAGAAUGUAAGACCGAAACGUGCAACCAAAGGGAAAAAGUGGGCUCAGGCAACAACAGACGAACCUCCUAAAUCUUUUUGUGAAACUCAUACACCAUCACAGCUGCCGUUUGAGCUUCGUCAGGAAUGAGUGAUGGAGUGAUAGAUCUACAAGUUUCGGGUCCAGAGAGGGCAUGUGUUUGCAUCAACAAACAAGAAGUUAUGGCUGCAUCACUGGGGUUUGGGUUCUUUACUACCCCUUUCACCCUUUCAACAACAAAUGCGUUGUUCCCAUACUCAACCAACAACCCACAAUGUUUCAGUAGGGAAGGGAACAUUUCAGUUAUCGGAGCAAGCUCCUUACUUAAAGCCUUGUCAUCUAUUACUUGGGGGUUGCAGUCGAGAACAUAUACCUUCGCAGUACUGAUGUCAACGCAAAUCCCCACCCAGUGUUGCCUACCAAUGCUGACAGGCAUGUAGAAAAGCGACACAGCGGGGUUGAAAUUCAAACUCUUCUGCAGAGUAUCAACGAGAGCCUGGGUGAAAACAUACUGACUUUCUCUUUUACUUUUUCUGAACUUUGUAAAAUUCCUGGACAAGAGAACCUGAACGCGACUAUCAAGAAAAACCGGAGUCGUGGAACUCCCUUCACAUAGUCGCCUGUUGACAGAAGCUGCAAUUACCCGCAUGAUGAUGUCAACGACCUGCGAGGAGCGACAGAAUUAUGAUUUAAUAAGCAACCACAACUUUUUAAACUACCCUUUACGAAGCUAAGGUUACAUACUCUGCCUGGUAGUAACCGGGUUCUUCCUCCAAUGUCCGUAAUGUCCUUGCCAGAUACGGAUAGGCCCAGAACGUUUAUAACGCUACAAUGGAAGGAAUCAGAGAAGAAAAAUUCAGUUUUCAGCAAUGUCCAUAUCGGAAAUAUAUCGAAAAUAAUAAAUGGUUGUUCGUCGAGGUCCUACCAUUCUUUCUUCAAAAGAAUCUGUAGGCGUUUGUACUUGUCAUGUACAUCUGAUAAGCCGUAGUGACCAUUACCCAUAAUGGGUACUUCUCUCGCACGGUUAAUAAUAGCAGCUUCACAUUGAUAGUCGGUAAGCAGUUGAGGUGGGACAGUUCGGAUGCGCUUACUUUUGCGGCAAAGUAAAUUCUCCUCUGUUUCUCUAGUAUCAUCGCCAUUGUCUUUCUCAACCAGAUGUUCCUCGUUCUCUCCCAUAACAUCAUCACCCAGUUCCCGGGUCUGGUGGAAUUCCUGAGUGAGGCCAAGUGAGAACGACGGAAUCUGCAUGUGAAUAAAUUUAAGGAGAAGGAGUGUUAUUGGUAAGAGAAAACCAUGGUGACAUGUAACUAUAAAAAGAAACUGAGGUAACAUAAAUUUAGGGGACUGUGAUCAUACGAUUGGGUCAGGGUGUUCGUGCGUCUGGCUAUGAGCAGACCUACAUGGGUGAUUUUCGUUAGAUUCUUCUACAAUUCCCUCUGAACAUGGGUUCCUCUGAUGAGGGUCUGUUGCUCCAUCGUAAGCCUGCAUAACCAAAUAUUUAUGUAUCACGACACUUAAAUCUAUAACCGGCGAGAAAGCAAAUCCGGUUUUUUGUCCGUAUAUAAUUAUAUAUGCAAUUUUUAAUCCGGCUAUACAAUGUGACACUAACCCGGUAAGGCGCGACUGGUUUGGACUUAAGUGACUGAGCUGUGACGGUAACAUUCCUUUCCGUGUUUUCUUCCUGAGUGGACGCUACCUGAUUCACUCCUGUCUGAGGUCGGGAUUUGCCAUCGGAACCCUGUAAAGAGACCAUUACUGUUAACGAUAAUGUCAUUCAUUAUCCAGAUACUAGCUAUGCAAUCGUGUAUGUCAAAUAGUUAACAGUUUUCUACUAUUACAUUGUAGUGAAUAUCUGCAGUACGUAUAUUUGGAGAAGUACUAAUAGUACAAUGCUUAAAACAUCAAAUAUCAAACUUACGGGCCAGUCGUUAUCCACACCCGGAGGCGUUGAAUAGUGACUGAGAUUUUCAAUCACAUUCUCAAUGAUCUCAUCAUUUCCAGCUGGAGCUGCGGCGGUUGUGUUUGGGAGAACUUCUUCAUCUCCCACCCCGUCAGGGCCUCCUGUAGAUAUAGGAGACUCGAAAGAUGAUUGGGUAUUUAAUCUCCUCCUACCUGACAUUAUCUCAGUCUUGAAAGAAUCCAGCAUUCGUUCGACAGUUGCAAUAACCUUCGCUUCAAUGGCAAGUGAACAUCCAGACACCUCUUUCACAGAGGCAACAACAGUCGCAAUAUCACCAUCAAUCCGGUUAAGCUCCGGUCGCAUAAUGGCAUUCACAAUAGAAGUUAUUCUUCGUUCGUCGUUCAUCACAACUGGUGACUCUUUGCCCUGCGUAGGUAGUGUUUUCUUUCUCCCUCCUGCUUUAGCCAGCUCACGCAUCCUUUCUACGUCGGCUUUGGUUACCCCACCCCUAAACAUAUCCUUCGUGAAAACUUGAUUAGCGUUAAUGCAACUAAGCAUGUACGCUACUUUUACGUCAACAACUUCAUCAGCCCAUACAAGCACCGACUCGUCUACCGGUCUUGCUGGGUCUUGGGGAAGUAUACUCCUUACCAAUACCUAAUAUAUCAUUAAACAAGAUCUCACAUUCAGAUGAUUAUAUUACAAAAUUCAUUAAAAAUGUACGUACAAUGAACAGAUGGAAAGCAUACCUCUUCUUUUUUGUCUACUUCGCGCGCAUGAGCAGGGCUUAGAGUUUUCUUCUUUGUUUUACUUCCCACGCCAUCAACAUCAUCUUCAUCGCUGUCGGACUCUGAUGACGAACAGGAUUCUUGGACUACUUCUGUCAGCGAAGGAACAGCUUCAACAAUAACGAGCUGGAGGGCUAGGGCAAAGCCUUUCAGGGCUAUAGAGUUUUGAGAAAGGGAAAUCUCAUCCUUUUUUUUUAUACUGGUCAUCAACAUAUCAAAUGCAAGCCGACCCCAGGGGAAGGCAAAGAACUCUUCCAUAUCUCCAAGCAACUCGGCGUGUUCCUUCAGCAUCUUCAUCUUCAAAUUAGUGGAUAACAGAACAGAGGAUACAAUUGCUAAGCACGCUAGUUUGAUCCGGAUAUCUUUAUCCGUAACGGUUUUUUUAUGGAGCAUCUUAAUCGCCCUAGAUACACGCAUAUCUUCGACACUUCCGAAAAGCUCAGGCCAGUAGGGUUUGUCGUUAAUGUUUUUCUUCUUCUUGACCUUCUGUUUCUUGGGAAACUCGCCGCAGGGAAGUCCGGUGACUAUGGCAAACUCCCGGAGCGAGAAUCUUAUGGGCUGUCCGGCGAAUCGGAACCAAGCUUCAUGUUUUUUUUCCACUUUCAGUUGUCUAGACAGAAGGAAUCGAGCAAAUCUGCCGGAAAAGGCGGGUUUAUCUGCGAUUUCGACAAGCUUACCGAAAGAUGAUUGUCUGAUAAACUGAACCUCCUCUUCAUCAAGAGCGUUGAGAAUGGUGUUGAUAAUACGCGACGACUGGUAUGUAAGAACCCUUACUCCGACGGGUUCCUCACCCUCGGCGAACAUCAUUUCCGGUAGCGACAUAAUCGUUUCUCCGUCUUGGUCUUCUGGUAAUUCACCGACGCGAGAGGGAAUCAUCUCUUUUAGGACUGAGAGAAUUUUGGGAAGUUGAGCAAAAGAUUAAAACUUAGAGAAGACAAAAAGACAAAUUUAGAGGAAAGCAUUAAUGGUAUCGUUCUUUGCAAAUUAUUGAAUAUAAAUUUGGAAACUGUUUCAAUUUCGAAUUUUAUAUUCAUUAUUCAUGCAAUGGCGUGUUUUACCGUCUAUCUUACCGGUCAGUCUGACACACGACCUAAACCCUAGGUCUCAUUAUUAUAUUCAUAUAGGGCUAGUUUCGGAAUUAUGAAAAAGUGAACAGGGGGACUGUCAGUUACCUAAUAAAAUAAGUUAUCGUUGCCAUACGGUGCAAAUUCCCUAAUAUAGGCUCAUUAGGGUCAAUAUACAUUGCAACUUUUGAAAUUAGGGGAAUGGACUUUAUUUAUAAAUAAUUUGCGAACAGGUCGUGUUGCUAGGUUGGAAUGACUAAUUUGCCCUACGACACUUCAGCUUAAAAUACUCCAACGCUUACCUGCAACCGGCUAUAUUUUAAAUUAUAGGUUUCACGUUAGUGGAGGGAAAAGAAGACGUAAUGCAUGAAAAAGGAGACGUGGCAUUUUAAAAAACCACAUCAAAACCUGAUUUGUUUCCAGUAUAUAGAUAUGUUUCUUCUCACAUCUACGUCACAUUUUUGUUAAAGGAAUUGUGAAAAAGGGAAUUAUGUGUGUAUUGGUUAACCAAUAUUCCGAUAGAUUAACCAGAGAUAUUUAAUGUGAGUAGGAGUAAUGGAGGUGAGCCGUCGGGACGACUAUAAACUGGACUUUUCUGAAUUACAAGGUUAGUUAGAUAUGCUGAACAUCAACGAUGUAAAAAAAGUUAAUACAUGUAUGUUACUGUGUGUAGCAUAAAGUAAAUAAUUAAACGACAUCGUUUACACAUCCUGUAAUAAUGCAUCAGAGAUAUUUACACCCAAAAUAUGUGAUUCUCCUCAAUUGGGUUACUAUGGCUUAGAUAGUGAAAGGAUAAUCAGUAUGAGCAACAUAUUUUUGUCACUGUAUCUAUACAUACAACCCUAGUCACAUCAAUAUGUAACUUAAGGAGGUGAUGAUUACACGCUUCCUCACUUAAAUACACUCGUUCGUUCUAGGGUCAUCACUGUGAAUUUCACUAUAAAUAAGCAGUAAGUGGCAAGCCACAGAGUGUAGAAACCAGCUUUGAAAGUGAACCUGAUUAUAUUUGGGGACUGCUACAUGCUUAUUAAUCAAGUCUGAGAGCGCUAGUACAACGGUACGGAGUGAAGGUGAGUUAAAUGUUCCUCAAAAAAAGUCAUUGAAUGUAACCAUUAAUGAUGGCUUUACUCCUCAACAAGGAUUUUAACCGUUAAAAACUGAAACAAUAAUAACCUGAAAUUAAGCCUGUAAUCCCGUUUAUAAUUUUUAUAACCGGUAACUUAUUAUUUAUUUUCUUCCUUCUAUUGUUUCUUUACAGAUGGGUCAGCUUGUCCGAAUCCAGAGUGGAAACUGGAAAAAAAGUCUCUCCGGAAAUUGGCAAUUCGAAGGGGAUCCAUCAGAAGUGGAGCACUAUAUAGUCGCGCAGAACAAUGAAAAAAUCGAGUCGUUUACAAGUCUCAUACGUGAAGAACUCGUUAUAGAACCAGAAUGCCCCAUUGCUUUGACAUAUCAACUCCCAGACGCAAUGCUGCAGGGAAUUGCAUCUAAUUCUCAACCAGCUAACAUAAUAACUUCUGAAGAUGUCGAAGUAGUGAUGAGUGUCCAAGAGUGGACAAAAGGAGUCCUACUUUGUAUAACCUACGGGUCUCUUAAUGUGGCUAGGUACGAGUUCCUGUGUAGAACUCCUUUCAUAGUUGGCAACACCACAUAUUUAGACGGAACCGUUUCGGAAGAGGUUCAUGUAGCCAAUAUAAAAGGUAAUCGGUGUAAUAUAUUAAGAAACUGGUAACAAGAUUUUGACAUAGGUACGGCAAAUAAAAGGCUAAAUUCAUUUGAUAUUUGCACAGGUAUGGUGGGCAAUGACGUCAUAAUGUGUAGUGAGACUUUACUGAGGCAUCUAAUGAGCGAUGAGAUGUUGUUCCUCCUUUACCGUUUCUCGUUUGAGGUUGAAAAGGCAAGAGGAUUUCCAUUAUGGCAGGGAGCAAGCUAUGAAAACAAUCCAGACGAGAGUAAGCGAUACUGGGAAUAUUUCAAUAUAAUAACAGGUUACUGAAUAAUUCCUAUAGUUUAGACGUCCCCUAAGUCUAACCCUUACGCAAUCCUGAAAUUUACGACGUUCAAAAGCCGAAGAAGAAUUAAGCGGUCAUGCAUGGUAUUGUGGAAAACGUUAUAUCCUAAAAUUAAUUAACCACCGGCCCAACACUUUCCAAAUGGGAGGAUCUUAAACAGAACUAAAUGAUGAUGAUUACCCUUAAAUUCAACUAAUCCUCCCUAAAAAUUAUUGUUGCAUCCAAAAUAUAUAUAUAGAUAAUGGCCUAGGUGUCGUUUCUCCUUGUGUAAUGGAGUUCGCAAUAACCGAAUAUUUUAAUGAAUAACCGAAUACUAUGAAUUAAAAUCCAGAAAAUGAGG